AUGAAAGUAUGGGUCCUCGGCGCGAUCGUCCUUUGCGCGGCGCUCUCGCAUUAUCCCGGAGUGCUCGUCAUUGCGCAGGAAGUCUGGAGCGCCAUUGGAAAUGGAGGUGACACGAAUAGCAUCGAGGAAUUCCACGACGACGUUAAUAAGGAAACGUAUCACUACUCGUGGUCAGACACGAACGCGUUGACCAGAUCGACGCUCCUAGAUCGCCAGGAGCGUUUGCAGUUCAGGUGCGAUCAGGUGGAGACGACGGAGGGGCCGUUUCCCGAGAACCGGGAUCCCGAAGCCUUUCGUAAUAUUCUAGUCGACGACAAUCACCAGCUGCUCUAUUGUUAUGUACCCAAGGUCGCUUGCACCAACUGGAAGCGCGUGCUGAUGAUAGCAAUGGGCAAAUGGCGAAAGGACAGCUCCUCGGCCCUGGAAAUACCGGCUGACUUGGCGCACGCGCCCAACACCUUUCGGCGACUCAGCAACUACACGCCAUCCGAGAUCCGAGCGAGGCUGGCCAGCCACGAUAAACUGAUAGUCGUACGACACCCGCUCGAGCGUCUAUUAUCGGCUUACAGAAAUAAAUUUGAGGCCAAACAUGAGAGAAGCUCCGCUUACUUCCAGUCGCGCUUCGGCAGAAAAAUAAUCAAGAAGUACAGAGCCAACCCUUCGGAAGAAUCUUUGCUGAGGGGUGACGAUGUGACGUUUUCCGAGUUUGUAAAUUUUGUGACGGACGACAAUGAGAAUGGUACGCGAAACGAGCACUGGAACUCCAUCUCGGAAUUGUGCCAUCCGUGCUUGGUCAAUUACAAUUUCAUCAGCAAGUACGAAACGCUGACCGAAGAUGCCAUGGAAAUUUUGGAAAGAAUUGGCGAAGGGUCAAUAGCAUUUCCCAUGAGGCCACAGAAUAGCGAACCGACAACCAAGAUAUUGGACAACUACUACUCGACCCUGAAGUACAGUCAAUUGCGAGAUUUGGCGCAGCUCUACCGAUGGGACUUUUUUUUCUUCGACUACUCGCUCGAACAACUUCUUGGUUUUUCGAUAGCUUAAUUGGAAAAUAUUCACGGACAAAUUGUUUAAUGUUGUACA